AUGGAUCAGGAUACCAUUACUUUGGCCAAUGGCUGCCAAGAGGUUCUCUUCAGUUAUGACAUGGAAAUACAACUGGAAGAUUUCAAUUUGGCUGCGUUUGGACCUUGGUUUACCGAACGAGUAAUACAGCGAAAUGUGAACUCCUGGGAUAUGGACCGCAGUAAUAUACGCCAACAGUUUUUGAUGGGUAUGGGACCGAAGAACCCCAAGCUAAGUGUGGCCACCACUAAGGGUGGCAUGUCUUUGGGUCUCGCUACAUAG